CAUUCAUUCACAGGAGAGACACCACCACAUUCCUUCUCUUUACUUUUCUUUUCUUCCAAACUCCCCAAAUUUAUUACCGUUAUCCUUCAUUUUUCAACCCACCAAAAAAAAAAAGAAAAAAGAAAGAAAAAAAACAUUUUCUCGACUCCCAAACACUCCUCCCAUUCACAUACAGACACACAGUUUCCAUCAAAUCGAUGAAGAAAGCUAGCUAGACAUCGAUCCAAAGAUGAAGAGACAGGAAAGUCUGCCAACGUCAUCUUCUCACCGUGAGAUUCCCAAGGAGAAUAUGAAGAAUCUCCAUGCUAAGUCCAUCGGCUGCAUGGCCGGCAUCAUCCACUUCGUCUCCGGCAACCGCGGCCGCCGGAAAUUCCUCACCUUCGGUAAAAAGCAAGAAAAGAUCAAUGAGGUUGCUUCUCCCAAGAACCCAAAUUCCUCACCGGAAGUUAAAGAAGAAGGCAAAAGAGAAGGAAAAAACUCCGCCGCCACACAUCUCCGGCGACUCUCCUCCUCCGACGUCCCGAGGAGUCCGACUCUUCCCGCGGAGAUUCGCCGGUCGAAUUCGGUGAACUCGUCGGAGAAUUUCCGGACUCCGCCAGCGCUUGUGGCUCGGCUUAUGGGAUUGGAAGAGGCUCCGAUGUCGAAAUCACAAUCGCCGGCGGCGAUAAGGACGGAGUCAGCGGCGGAGAAGAGAUUGAAGCUGCUUGGAGCAUUGGAGAAAUGCGAUAAAGACUUGAAGGCGCUGAAGAAGAUCAUCGACGCAGUUCGGUCGGCCGAGAGACUCCGAUCGUCGGCGAUAACGUUUAAAAGCCCCGAAGGCGAAGAAAGCCGGAAAAAAUGCUCCGGCGGAAUGUGGUCGGAGUCUAAUAAUACGGAGCAGCCAAGUCCGGUAUCGGUGCUGGAUGAGUUGAGUGGCAGUAGAGGUACUCCUCCUUUAAGGAACUCCCACUCCAAACCACCACUUUAUUAUAAUAAUGGAGGAGGAUUACUGCAACAUCAUAAUCAGAGGCAGCACCAAAUCAUAAGGAAGAAGCCAGGAGAAGAGGAGGAAUUCAUAAAUCCAAGUAUAAUAUUUGAUAGAAUAACAAGUGAAACAGCAGCUCAAACUUGGAAGAAUAUAAAGGCAGCAGCUAAUGUUCAUGAACAUGAUCAUGAUGAGAAUGGCAUAACAAGAGCAGCAGCAUCACCACCAUGGAGUAGCAAAGCGAUGAGAGACAGUGUAGAGGAAGUGUGCAGAGACGUUGCAUGGGGUGAGAGAAGAGAAAUUGGAAGAAUUGGGUUGGGUUUGCAUGAUCACAUUUGCAGAGACUUGAUUGAAGAGAUUGUCAUCGAUAUGACUCCUCCUCCUUAUCAUCAACAUCAUCAUCUAAAUGAUCAUCAGCAUAUGUCUUCGUACCAUGAUUCCCAGCGUUUACUUCCCUUUGAGGCUUGUAAGAGAAGACUUUGUUUCUAGACCUUUUCCAUUAUCAUAAAACCCUAUUCGUUUUUC